GCUGCUUUGGUUUAUUGUAAUCAUAUUACACUGAGUCUUUAGUGGAAUCACAUCAACAUGUCUACUUUCGCCUUCCUUCUCCUCUGCGUGCAGGCUUGCCUUAUCCACAAUGCCUACAGCGCGUGCCUUGGUGCCGGUCUUGGUUACGGCUACGGAGAUCUCGGGUAUGCCGGUUGGGGUGGAUGCGGUCUAGGCGGCAUCGGUUACGCCGGUCUCGGCUACGACGGUUUCGGCUAUGGCGGCCUCGGUUAUGACGGAUUCGGCUAUGGCGGCCUUGGUUACGGUGCUUUCGGUUAUGACGGUCUUGGUGGUUAUGGUGGUGCUGGCAUCGGAAACGUGGCCGUCGCCGGUGAGUUGCCCGUGGCUGGUACCACCGCCGUCGCCGGUCAGGUGCCCAUCAUCGGCGCUGUGGAGUUCGGCGGUACCGCGGCUGCUGCUGGUGCUGUCUCCAUCGCCGGACGUUGCGGCUGCGGCUGCGGUGGACCCUACGUGUACUGAUUACAUGCACUGUCGCGAAUUUGGACUUAACAUGACUACUUGACAAAGGAACAAUAUAUAAAUGAUAAAAAUGCA